UUCAAAUAUGGAAUUCUGAAAGUGAACGAUAUACUACUAAUAAACGAAAGUUUGCGUUCGAUUAACUGUAAUGCGUGUAUCGAUGUUUAAGUGAAGUCGAUAUAUUUUUUUCUUUUUUUUUUAUAUAGCAGUGCGGUGGCGUUUUUCUGGAUGCGAAUGUGGGGCUCUUUAAUUUUGAUACAGGUUUCGCCGCCGUAUCAGCAAUGCCAUCACACGCAAGAUUCAGCCGAUUGGAAGAUGACUAUAUUCAAAUCAUGUCGCGACGCGGCCAAAGCCGAUCACCGUAGCGGUAUAUAGUUGAAGUUGUAUUGAAUUGACGAGAUACAAAAUGAAUCUUCUCAACAUGGACGCGGAGAACCGCGUAGUUUUGAACGUGGGUGGUAUAAGACAUGAGACGUACAAGGCUACGUUGAAGAAGAUCCCGGCAACGCGGCUGUCCCGUUUGACGGAGGCCCUCGCCAAUUACGACCCGGUGCUCAACGAGUACUUCUUCGACAGACAUCCUGGUGUCUUCGCGCAGGUUCUUAACUACUACAGAACGGGGAAACUUCACUACCCGACGGAUGUUUGUGGGCCGCUGUUUGAAGAAGAGCUGGAGUUCUGGGGACUAGACGCGAACCAGGUGGAGCCGUGCUGCUGGAUGACGUACACGCAGCAUCGGGACACUCAAGAGACCUUAGCCGUCCUUGAUCGCCUAGACCUAGACACAGAAAAGCCAUCUGAUGAGGAAGUGGCGCGCAAGUUUGGUUUCGAAGAAGACUACUACAAUGGGACGGUGUCCUGGUGGCAGCAGCUCAAACCUCAAAUGUGGUCUCUGUUCGAUGAGCCGUAUAGUUCCAAUGCGGCGAAGAUAAUCGGGGUGAUAUCAGUGUUUUUUAUUUGCGUUUCUAUAAUAUCGUUCUGUCUGAAAACGCACCCGGACAUGAGAGUGCCUGUGAUCAGAAACUAUACAGUGACCACCGCGAAUCAGACCCAAGGUUGGGCGUUGGACAAAGUGCAAACAAACGCCCACGUAGCCUUUUUCUAUAUCGAAUGUGUGUGCAAUGCUUGGUUCACCCUCGAAAUACUUGUUAGGUUUAUAUCCUCGCCCAAUAAGUGCGAGUUCGUCAAAUCUUCCGUCAACAUCAUCGAUUACAUCGCGACCAUGAGUUUCUACAUCGACUUAAUCCUCCAAAAAUAUGCAUCCCAUGUCGAGAAUGCGGACAUUCUUGAAUUCUUCUCUAUCAUACGUAUCAUGAGACUGUUUAAGUUGACCAGACAUUCGUCUGGUCUUAAAAUCCUCAUUCAGACAUUUAGAGCGUCAGCCAAAGAAUUGACGCUCUUAGUAUUUUUCUUGGUGCUCGGUAUUGUGAUUUUCGCGAGCCUGGUGUACUAUGCAGAGAGAAUACAAACAAACCCACACAACGACUUCAACAGCAUUCCAUUGGGUUUGUGGUGGGCGCUAGUUACCAUGACCACAGUGGGGUAUGGUGACAUGGCUCCGAAGACCUACGUUGGUAUGUUUGUGGGCGCACUUUGUGCUUUGGCUGGUGUGCUAACGAUAGCUCUACCCGUGCCAGUCAUAGUAUCAAACUUCGCUAUGUACUACUCACACACACAAGCUCGUGCAAAGCUUCCAAAGAAAAGGCGAAGAGUCAUCAAUGUAGAGCCGACCAGGCCACCACUUCGUGCACCGGGGGUUCCAGGUGGUCCCGCAGGACCUUUAGCACCAGGUAUGGGACCGCAAGCUGUGAACAGAAGAAUGAAUGCCAUAAAAACGAACCAUCCUAAAGAUAUGAUGGGACCUAAUAUGGUUGCAAACUUGAUGCCGGGAAUGGAUCUAACAGUAGUCAGCCGCCUAACUCCAAGUCCCCGUGACAUGAGUCCAGCCCUCGCUAUAGCACUACCAAUGAUGAAAUCAGUGAACUUAGUCCCGGCACAAUGUUUUGACAACAUGGCUUACCAUACUGAAAAAACAGAAGAUAUUAAAGAAGAAUGCAAGUCCAGACAAGAUUCUGUCGAAAGUGAUAUUACUGUCAAAGCAAAUAAUUUUAACAAUGAAUAUAUUGAUAAAAUUGAUGAAAAGACAGACGCCAGAACCCCGCUACUUCGAGGUCAUAAAAUAGAAUCACUCGACGAAACAAAACUCCGGGAUAAUAAAAUUGAAAAACGAAAAUCAUCAGCAUCUACAUAACGGAUAAUACUGUUAAUAAUCAAUAAAUUGUAAUAUACGAAUUUUGAUGAUAUGUUAGUGGAAAAGACCAAUUGAGCUAAGAAUAAUUUGAGAAUAGCACGAUCGUUGAUUUAGAAUUGAAUUUUGCUAAAAUUAUUAUAAAUAAGCUUGAUUAUCCAAAAUAACAAAAAUCUUAUUGAAAAAGUGUAAAAUAAUCAAUUUCUAAAAAUUCCUUUUUUAUUAAAAUCAGUAGCAGUUACGGUUACUUUAUAUAAAAAUACUUAUUAAAUUAAGCAUAAAAGGCCGUGAUAGUUUUAAGUUUAGUUAAGGAAGAAUUUUAAAUAAUUUCUAAACGCAAAAGAUUUACAAUCAUAAAAUACCUAUUAAUUUAACAAAAUCUAUUAAUCUUUCACUUUGUAUAUAUGUAUAUUUAUUUACAUUAUCUUCCUUAUCAAUUUCAUCGAAUAAGCGUCUAUUGCUUUUAAGGGAAGACGCAUAUCUGACGAUAGAUGCUUCGAGCAUAUAAUUAUCUUGGUAUCAUAUGGUACCAAGAUUUAUAUGCUCGAAUUAUAUUAUCUUGAGAGGGUUAACAACAAGAUCAUACAAAAAAAGAUGUUGGGUGCAUUUUAAUACUAAAUCGAAAUCUAGUUGUCCAAAAUGAAAUAGAGACUGCUUAAAAGCGUACUCAAUUACUACGCUCAACACACAUACUCAUCGUUGAUCAUGUGUUUAAGGGAUCUAUAGCCUGUUUUAUAAUCUGAUAUAGAGUGAUGGUAAGUAGCUCAUCAUCCGUCUGAUGUGUAUCCCAAAAAAAAGAAAAAGAUGCCUUCACUCACAUGUAAAAGAACAUUAUUAUUAUAAAACUGAACGACUAUUCUCUAUACGAAGCACUUUAUUCCAAAUGUUCUUUGAAAUUGUAUAAUAAAAAUUCAAAAAUAAUUGUCACUAAGAACGCCGCCCGUAACCGCGAGCCGCGACCACAAUCCCUUGAAUCUAUAAUAACUAUGCUUACCGGUAUCAUAUAGGACGAUAUAACCUGACUAUCCUGUUUGUAUGUACAUAUAAUCAAUAUUGAGAGGCGAAGUUUGUAGUGCUUUAAAUUUAUUCAGCUUUUGUCAACAUAAUAACAUUAUCCAGAUGAAGUUUUACCGUUCGUAUCAUCGAUUAUGCAUUAAGUUGUUACCAAUUAUAGUCAAAGCUUAAUAAAUUUGUGAAUAAGUAGAUGCCUAUAUAAUUACGGCUUUACAUAGAAACAUUGUUUAGCGGGUGCUUAGUUAAAUAAUGUUUUAUGUUCUGUCUUCAUUAAUUUGUCAUUUGAUAGAAGAAGACAGCGUCGCUUAAAUAAUCCCUCUAAACAAAAUUUAUAUGUAAAGCCUUAGAUUUUACUUAGAAGGAUUGAAAUUGUAACUUUUAAACAUGUCCUUGUUUACCAAAUAAAGAUAGAGAUUAUUGGUUUUCUGAUAAAACAUUUCAUAUGAUUACUUGAAAUCAUGAAGUGGGCAACUAUGCGAACGAAUACUAGUCAAAAUAAUAUUAAUAGUAUAAUAAAAUAAACACUAGAAUAGAAAACAUGUCCAAGAGGCGGUUCUGAAAAACGCUUGCUUAGUGUUGUUUUUGUAACUUAAUUUGUUGAUUUAUGUAUGUGUCGCUACAAUUGAGUCAAAUAUAUAGUUAGGAUAAAAUGUCACUUACAGUAACGACAUAUUAAAUACAAGUAGCAAAUUUACGUCAACCGCAAAUGAAGCCAGUCCACUGUAGACCUAAAAAUAGCUAGAUAUUCCAUGCAUCCACUCAUAAACGCAGUACUACUAAUAUCUUCAGACUUGAAACAUUCUAUCGAUAAAGAUUAUAAGACUUAAUUUUUACUAUUCAAGCGUUUUUCUCUCCAAUAAUUAAUAAGUUGAUUAGUAAUAAUGGUGUAAAUAAAAAUAUAGCGUUAAUAAUUUUAUAUUUCAACAGUUACUAAAUCACUAGAUAAACAUAUCAUCGGCACUCUCUUUCAUUCUUGGUGUUAUAUUAUUUUUAUACGUGUUUAAUAGCGAAUAUAAUAUCAUAUUAUUAUAAAUAUUAGAUAGUUAACAAUGAAAUGUUUUAAAAAUAUAGAAUUAUUCCACUAAGCCGUUUCUCGAUAUUACCUGUCCAUUUACAAAAGUCUAUAACUAUAUUAUAAAAUAUUAGAGAUUGUUGUCUAAUACGUUUUAGGCGUGUAAAUUAUUUUAUGUUGGUAUAAACAUUUUUUAUAGCUUUCACUCUUGUAUCCUGUA